UAUAGUUUCAAAAGAUACGUGACGAAGUUACGCUGUAAUUGUAAAAAGUAGAAAUAUCCAGAAAUAAAAAAUGAACGGCAGAAUCGUUGCUUUGUUCUUGGUUGCUCUGUGUUGCGCCCUAAUGGUGAAUGAAGUAUCAUCGUCUGUAGGUCCACAAUGCCUUAUGCCAUUGGAACGUGGACCAUGUAGAGCACUGAUGAAAAGAUACGGAUACAAUCCAGAGACGAAUAGAUGCGAAGAAUUUUUCUUCGGCGGCUGUCAAGGAAACGCAAACAAUUUCAUGAAUCUGGAUAUGUGUAAAGAAAGCUGUUCGUAAAUGUCAUGGAGUAUGACAGCGUAAUUAGAGCGUGCCGCUAAGGAUGGAAUAAAUUAUUGACGUGACACACUUGUACAAAUGUAUUAUUGGAUAUUUAACAGAUCAGUUUUGUUAUGCUGCAUUUUGUUACGUUGAUCAGAAUAUAAUUUUCUAGAAAACGAUGAAAAAACAAAUAAAAAUAAUGUUUAGUGUUUCGAAGUAAACACGAGAAAAUAUGUAUUCGAAUGUGAAAAUGUAUAAACCUACAUUAGGUUGCAAUAUGUGGUUAAAUAAUUAGAUCGCAGAAUACAGAUGAUUGUAUGUUAUGUGAAAUAAUUUUAUUGAAUGUAUGUUUUUUAAACAACGGUAAUAAAUAUUUUAAUUGACUGGUA